AUGUCCGACAUCCAGCAAUACGGCGACAACGCUACCAAGCUCCUCAUGGAAUCGCGGCGCUCGACACAGACAGACACGUUGAUGAAGUACAACGACACCCUCGUCCGAACGGUCAUCCGCGAGCAGCGCGAUCUCGAGAAACUCGCACUCAGCAUCGCCGACGAGAACCUUCGAGGGCCACCACCACCUGCCCUGCUCAUUAUCCAGACAUCGAUCAACAGGAACAAGCGCUGUCUUCUCGCCUACCACGCACAUCGCACAUCGAUGCUCCAGAAUCUCUACUGGAAAUGUGGUGGUGCCCUUCCCCAUCUCCUUUCCAACCCCGAGUUUCGCGCCAAGCUCUCACCGCAUGAAGUCGACUACCUGAGACAGUACAACGCCAGUCUCAUGGAGUACCGGAGCGAAUUCACGUACGAGCUGGAUAUUAUGAGUGGCAUCGAGAAACCGCCAAAGGAGAUUCAUGUUCGUGUGCGCGUGGCACGCGAGUGCGGUGUCGUUCAGACCGAGAACGGGAGCAUCGACUUCAAGCCUGGCGAGCGAUACGUGGUGCGGAGAGCCGAUGUCGAGAACCUCAUCGUCCAAGGCUAUCUCGAGGAGAUCUGA